CCGAUCGUCAUCAGUUGAAAAAUACGAAGAGCGUGAGACGAACCAAUUCAAACAGAAGGAAUCUCAGGAGCGAUCUCUGCAUUUCUGCGAUAAUAUUCAACUUGAAGUCUUUAAUUCGUGAAGAAAGAAGUAUCAAGAAGCUAAGAAGAUGUCACUGCUUCCAUUCCUUGUGGAUUACGAGUUGGAACGCCCCCGCCGCUUGUUGGACCAGCACUUCGGUUUGGGGCUGACUCCGGAUGACUUGCUCUCCGCCGCCGUCGGACCCCUGGUGAGCAGGGAGUACUACCGCCCGUGGCGCCACCUGGCCGCUGCAGCGCGAGACAUGGGCUCCAGCAUCAAGUCUGACAAGGAUAAGUUCCAAGUGAACUUGGACGUGCAGCAUUUCUCGCCGGAGGAGAUCUCUGUGAAGACUGCGGACGGGUAUAUUGUGGUGGAAGGGAAGCAUGAGGAGAAGAAGGAUCAGCACGGGUACAUUUCGCGGCAAUUUACUCGUCGCUACGCGUUGCCGGAGGGUUGCACGGCAGAAACCGUGGAGUCUCGUCUGUCGUCUGAUGGCGUUUUGACCGUGACUGCCCCGAGGACGGUGCCGCCUGCUGUCCAGGGAGAGCGCAAGGUGCCCAUCGCCCAAACCGGACCGGUUCGCAAGGAGAUCAAGGACCAGGCAAACGGCGACAAGGCUUAGGAUACCUACCUUCAGUCAUUCCUAAUGGUUACCCGUUUUUCUUUGUAAGACUGAUUUGAUUUAAGUUUGAAUAAAUAAGUUCAUAAAUUA